UCAAACAAUUAGCAGCUCCGUCAACAAAAACAAAACAAAAAAAAACCAGCCGCUGCCGCUUUCACCAUUGUUUUGUAAGUUGGACUUGGGGGUCGCAACACUGAACUCGGCUACCUGGAAACGCCGCCGGAGUUACUCCUCGUCCGCCAGUAGUAGCGGUACAGAUGCACAUUGCUUAACACAGUCUUUGCCCUUUCGAAGCAAACAGUUUUGCGCGCGACGUGUGUUCACUUGCUUCCUCCCUCUCUCUCUCUCUCUCUCUCUCUCUUAGAAGAACAAUCCCACGCAGAGGAAGAUACCAUCUAUAGCCUCAGCUUCAGCAGAUUGACUUUUGUUUAUUUUUUAAAUCAUCGGUCUACUCCUGGAAUUUUGUCAAGGUUGCUGAUUUCACAGGUACCAAAUUUAAAUCAUUAUAUAAACAAUAUUUGUGUCUCUCGAAGUACAAAUUUGAUUAUUGUUUAGCCACAUCGAUCUCCAUUUGCUUCUUUCAUGUCUACCUUUUUUUUAAGUGCAUUCUUACUUGGUUAUCAUCAACCUUUUUCUUUUUGUUAAGUACUUAAAGUAGAGGCAUGGAACAGAGAUUAGCAAAUUGUGUGCAAUUAACAGUUAAUGAAAAACAAUUCAUUGAAAACGCUCUACUAUCAGAGCUUCGAGUGGAUGGUCGUGGCCCGUUGGAGUAUCGCAAGUUGAGCAUUAAAUUUGGGAAGGAUGAUGGUUCUGCCGAGGUCCAAUUGGGUGAGACACGUGUGAUGAGUUUUGUGAGUGCUCAACUUGUGCAGCCUUACAAAGAUAGGCCUAAUGAAGGCACACUUUCCAUCUUCACUGAAUUCUCUCCCAUGGCUGAUCCUUCAUUUGAGCCUGGCCGUCCUGGAGAAUCUGCUGUUGAAUUAGGACGCAUUAUAGACCGUGGUCUACGUGAAAGCAGAGCCAUUGACACUGAAUCACUUUGCAUUCUUUCUGCCAAGCUUGUCUGGGCCAUUCGCAUUGAUAUCCAUAUACUGGACAAUGCAGGGAAUCUUGUUGAUGCUGCAAAUAUUGCUGCAUUGGCUUCUCUGUUGACAUUCAGAAGGCCUGAAUGUUCGUUGGGGGGAGAGGAUGGUCAACAAGUGGUAGUGCAUCCACCUGAGGUGCGCGAGCCACUCCCUUUGAUUUUACAUCAUCUUCCAGUUGCUGUCACCUUUGGAUUUUUCAGUAAUGAAAAUCUUGUGGUCUUGGAUCCGACAUACCAUGAAGAGGCUGUAAUGACUGGACGUAUGACUGCAACACUUAAUGCAAAUGGCGAUGUUUGCGCCAUUCAAAAGCCUGGGGAGCAAGGAAUCUUUCAACAUAUUAUCAUGCAUUGCUUAAAACUUGCUCAUGUUAAAGCCGGUGAUAUUACAGCCAAGAUAAAAGAUGCAGUUGAAAAGCACAACAAUGAAAGGGCACUGCAGAAGAUUAAACGCCGUUCUUCAUCUGUUUCCGUAGAUGUAUGUGGAACCACUGCCAGAUUACGGGGGAAACAAAACCAAUCAGGUGGUGGUAAAGAUAAUAGUCAUCUAGACCAACUGAAGCCGAAAGAUGAAGCAAAUUUUAUGGAAUGUGACGCCACAUCAUCAGGACAAGUACAAAUUAACAAGAAGGAUGAAGGCUCAAAGAAUUUCACGGGUGGUCCCUCAAGUUGGUAUGGCAAGAAGGAUCCCUACUCAGAGUGUGUCAAUUCAGAUCUUCUAAAAGCUCCAAUGGACAGUGAAUGUUAAAUGUUAAAGUAGUGAGGACAGAAUGUUCGGAAUGUUGUAAAAAUUCAAUGGACAGUGAAUGAUAGAGUCUGUUUGUGCAUUUAGGCAUGCAGAAAUCGAUUUUCACAGAAGGAAGGGAAGCUUUCAUCAAAGGUGUCCCAUAAGGUGGAGAAUGUCACUCUUGUGGUGAAGAGAAACUUAACAAAACACACUUUGUCAAUGUUUUUUUUUUUUUUGUGACAAAGUAAUGACAAUACAAAAAAACUGUUAUUGCGUUGUUUCUUUUUUUUGACAAAGUUAUUGCAUUGUUUCUUGUUCACUGUUUUAUUGGAGAGACGUGGAAUACACUAUAAAAUGAAUGUCAUUUGCAUUUUCCAAUAUAAAAUUAUUAUUUUACUUCUAA